AUGGAUGAACAUCCACCCGAAAAUAGUUAUGACAAUAGCGAAGGAUGGGUUCAUCUGCAAAUUGAGCCAGUUGAUAUACCGCUAGAACAUGAUAAGUCGCUACUACUUUCUGCAGUCCAGUCAGCAAUUCCUGGUGCCCACGGUAUCUACUAUUUAGAUAAUGGGCAAAAAAAGGCCUUCAAAUACGAUUCAUCUACUGGUCGAAUUUAUCAGGGACCACCGGGAUGGCAUUCAAAGCCUCUUUAUGUCGUUUUAGGUAAAUUGUUCAACAAUUUUUCCAGCAACAAAUAG